AAUUUGACUAUUGGGAGUUCAUCCCUUUGUCUCUCGACCUACUACUCUACUCCUCCGCUCCGCCGCUUCAUACGGCGGCCUAAAACCUAGCAUCCUAUGCAAACAAGGACCCGUACAAGCGGUAUGCGAAUUCCGGCCGCCGCCAAGCCAUUAGAGGCAGCGGCGACGCCGAAGAAACCCAAAUUCAAACAGCCAGCACCCGAGCCCUUCGAAAGCGACUCCGCGUGCUCCUCUCCGUCCGCGUCGGGGUUCCUCAUCGUGCCUUCGCAAAAGAUCAGCACGGAGAAGAAGAAGAGCUCCGCGUCCAAGGUGUUCAGCGACGACGACGUGAUUUCGCUGCUGAACGGUCUCGCCGCUUUCUGGGCGAAUGGGCGGAACAACAGGUGGGCGGAGUUUCACCAAUUCGUCGAGGGAGAUCUGUCGAAUCGGUACACGAAGGUUCAGGUGUCGGAGAAAAUUCGGAAUUUGAAGAAGUUCGAUUCCAAUUUGGAGAGAGCGAGGUUGAAUGGGGGCAGGAUUGAUUUGGCGGAUUACCAUGAAUUGGCUGUGUUUGAGCUGUCGAAGGGGCUUUGGGGAGAUGAGAGGGGUGCGGGAAUUGAGAGCGGCGUUGUGCAGGAAAAGGGGGGAAAGGGUGAGUCUGUGGAUGGGGAUGGAGAGGUGGUUGAGAAGGAUGAAGGAAGCAAUAGCAGGAAGAAGAAGAGUAAGAGUAAGAAGAAGAAGAGGAAUCAAAUGCGUGAGGAAGGUGAAGAGAGUGAUACAAAGAAGAAGGGGGUGAACGGGAUUGUAGAAACGGACGUCGGUGAUGGUGAUGGAGCCAAUGCGGAUUUGCAUGGUGAAGAGAGCAAGGAAAUGAGGAAUCCAGAGCACGGGAUUGGAGAAGUGUUGGAAGAAGGAGACGAGGGUGAUGGUGCCAAUGUGGUAUUGCCCAGAGAAGAAAGCAAUGAUAUGAGCAAGCCGGAGCAUGGGAAUGGAGAAGCGUUGGAAGAAGGAAGCGAGAGCAAUGGUGCCGAUGUGGCAUCGGAGGAAGGCGAGGUGAAUGAUGCAGCCUACACAAUUCUCAGCAUAAGGAAAUUGGCCGAAGCAAAUGGUGAAGGAAGCAUGGCCGAAGCAAAUGGUGAAGGAAGCAAGAUAACGAGGAAAGUGACCGAAGAAAAUGGUGAAGGAAGCAUGGCUGAAACAAAUGUUGAAGGAAGCAAGAAAAUUAGGAAAGUGGCAGAAGCAAAUGGUGAAGGAAACAAGAAAACAAGGAAAGUGGCUGAAGAAACUGAUGAAGGAAGCAUGGCUGAAACAAAUGGUGAAGGAAGCAAGAAAACGAUGAAACUGGCCGAAGCAACUGGUGAAGGAAGCAUGGCUGAAACAAAUGGUGAAGGAAGCAAGAAAACGAUGAAACUGGCCGAAGCAACUGGUAAUGGAAGCAUGGCCGAAGCAAAUGGUGAAGGAAACAAGAAAAUGAGGAAGAAGAAGAAGAAGAAGAGGAAGCAAGGGGAUGAGCAUGGGAGUGAUGGAAAGAAGGAAACAGUGAUAGAAGAUGUACAGGUGGAGGAGAAUGAUGGGGGAAACAAAAAGAAGGAAAUAGUGAUGGAAGAUGUACAUGUGAAGGGGAAUGAACAGGGAAACAAGAUAUCUAGCAAACGGAAACAAGUAGAUGGGAAUGGUGAAAGAACCAAGAAGGCGAGGAAAACAAAACUAGUGGAUGUGUGUGUUGAAGUUUUGGAAGGAGUUAAGCAAGUGGGUGAAGACGAAGAGUUAAUGGAAGAAAGGGAACAAGUAGAUCAACAUGAACAAGAUAAGAAAUCUAAGAAGAAAAAACGAGUAGAUGGACAUGAUGCAAAGAAAGAUUUGGCUAAGCAAGGGAAGCAAGUGGGAGAAGAAGAAGAAGAAGAAGAAUUAUUGAAAGAACGGAAACAAGUAGAUGAGCAUGAACGACUAGGCAAGAAAUCUAAGAAGCUAAAACGAGUGGAUGGCCAUGAUGUAAAGAAAGAUUUGGCUAAACAAGGGAAGCAAGAGGAAGAAGAAGGGUUAUUGAAAGAAGGGAAACAAGUAGGUGAGCAUGAACGAAAAAGGAAGAAAUCUAAGAAGCAAAAACGAAUUGGUGGACAUGAUGUAAAGAAAGAUUUGGCUAAAGAAGGGAAGCAAGAAGAAGAGGAAGAAGAAGGAGAAGAAGAGUUAUUGAAAGAAGGGAAACAAGUUGAUGAGCAUGGACAACAAGACCAGAAAUCUAAGAAGAAAAAAAGAGUUGAUAGACACAAUGUAAAGAAAGAUUUGGGUAGACUAGGGAAGCAAGUGGAUGAGCAAAGUGAAGAACAUGAUAUACCAACAAAACAAACACCGGUGAUGGAGAUUGGAGUGGAUGAUUUUCAGUCUGCAUACCCACUCUUGUGUUCACCAAUGGUUUUCUUUAGUUCCAAUAUUACCAUGAAAGAAUGUGUUUUGAUUGGGCGAGAGGAUGCGCAGAAGCUUGAAGAUAAGUUGAGGGAACUCAAGGCUGAGGAGCUUCGCUUGGAGCUUAAAAAACUUGAUCUGAUGAAUCGCCUAGGAAAAUGAAGGAAGCACAAUAUGUUUACUAAGAUCAGAAGGUUCCCAAGUCUGAUUUCUCUUUAAAGCAUAUUGAUCGACUCCUCAUAUAUUUGUGACUUGCUAGGUGCUCUUUAAGAUGUUCGGAUUAGUGUAUUGAUGUUUUUAAUGGUCAUGAUUCUGGAAUCCUGUCUGGAAAAUUUGUUUUGAACCAGAUGUAACAGAUGAUGCUGCGAACGUGAUGGAGAAUUUUGGAUAUAAUUACUUUCAGUACACUUGGUGGUUUUGGCAUCAA